AUGGCAUGGCCUUAUCGCUUCAUCCUGUCCCUUUCGGAUGAGGAGCUUGAACGCCGACGCAAUAUCCUUGACAGCCGUGGUCAUUAUGCUCAAAUCUCCGGGUUCAUUCUUCUCGGUGCAUUCUUUCUAUAUGGCCUGGGGCGAGGGAAUCGCUUUGAGCAAAAUAGGGGAAAAUCGUGGUGGGAUGCACCUGCUAUUCGAGGUGGCAGCGAGACUCGCAAGCAAUAUGCCGUGACCCUAUCGUGGCUGUCAUGGCUUGUGAGUCUCAGUAUAUGGAGGACAGGUGACGAUUACAUUCACUUGACAAAGGCUUUAGGUCAUGUUGGCCUAUCUCAACUACCCUUCUUGGUGUUACUGGCCCCUACCUCUUUCAUCUUUACAUCCAACUCGACUCUACCAUCAAUAAUCUCUUACUUAACCUCGAUUCCGCAGCCAGUGUUGACAGCUUAUCACCGUCUCUUUGGUCGAUUCGUCAUUGUGCCUCUUGUCUGUAGCCAUGCAGCUCUUUUUCUCUUGUUCUAUGUCCAGGUGCCACAUCCCGUAUUCGGCACGGUCUUUGCCAAACGCAUUCGGGAUCCAGACGUUCAAUUCGGCUUAGCAGGUACAUUUUUCGGUAUCCUGAUUCUGGUACUCGGUCGUGCGAAUGUCUGGAAAUUACGAGAUUUGAUCAGCGUCUCAAGGCCGGAAUCGCGACGGCAGUUGUUCUAUGUCGUGCAUUUUGUGCUUGUUGCGAUUUUCUUUAGCUUGGCUUAUUCUCAUGUGCGAUAUGCGCGGCCGUUUGUCGUGGAGGCUAUUGGGGCAUCGGUGGUCAAUUUGGCGUGUUGCAAGCUGCUGGCUUCGCGAUAG